AUGCACCAGCUGGAAGUAGCAGUUCAGAAGCUAGUUGGUGAUGUAUCUACCCUGACCCAGCAGAAAACGACAUUGGAGACAAAUUUACAAAAUGCCAAUUUAGAAAUCUCACAACUCAAGUCAACGCUUCACUCAAACACAGGCAGUGGAGCGGUUUACACACGAUGGGGAAGAAAAGAUUGCCCUAUGAAUGGAACAGAAUUACUUUACUCGGGCACGGUUGGUGGAGCGUCCGUCGAUUACGCUGGAGGACCAUCAGAUUACGUCUGUCUACCACAUGACCCAGAUUUCAUUUCAGGGGAUGGCCCGAUAACGACCAAUGGCUACGUUUCAUCGCUGUAUGGGGCUGAAUAUGAAGAUGGUAAUUUUUUCGGAACAAACUUCCAGGAUAACGAUGUUCCUUGUGCUGUUUGUCGAGCGACACAUCAGUCAUCUGUAUUGUUAAUACCAAGUAAAACAACUUGCUAUGGCAGUUGGAAAGUAGAGUACUAUGGAAGACUUGCUGCAGGUUCAGACACCCAUAAAUCAGCUUCACAGUACAUAUGUAUUGACAUUGCAGCAGACACGCUAGAAGCCGGAGCUACUGACCACAAUGGUAAACUGUUGUAUGCUGUCAAAGCAGUCUGUGGGUCAUUAAGAUGCCCACCGUUUUACAACAAUGCACCUAUAUCAUGCGUUGUUUGUUCAAAUUAA